CGUGAUAGCGGGAUGGAUAUUGAAAGAAGGAAGAAGGAAGAUGUGCUGGCUGAGAGAAUGGUUUGAUAUCUGUGCGUGAUGAUAUUAUGAAAUGAGAUGCGAUGGAAGCAGAGAAGAUAAGAUAAAAAACAGUAAUACCCGGAUACAUCUACGCCCUACGUCUACUACAGAUACUACAGAUCUGAUAAAUCGCAACGAUGCAGAGAACGGCCGGGGUUGACUGGAGCCUCCUCCCAGCCGAGCUCUUUGGCGAGAUUCUGUCGUACCUCGUGUUCCCUCCCGUUCUCGAGCUACGUCUUGUGAGUAAAGCGUGGGAGAAAGCGGUGGUUGGGUACGUGGUUAUGACGCACCAGGCGUUUAAGCGGAGUAUGCUUUUGGAUGUUUCUGGAUUGUGGAUGGCGGGUACCGCAAAGCCGUUUAAGUCGCGGACGGUUCUGGAGGUUAUGGAAAAGUAUUGUCGGUUUAUAGAGCGGUUGGCAGAUAGCGCAUGCGCGGGGCUUUACAAGGUUCCGAGCGAAGAAGCGCUGAGGCUGUCGAAUAUCGUGACGCUGCAUUUACAGAUUGUGCAAUUUGCAGAGCUGGUGAUUGAUUCCCUCCGCGAACUCGUCUCGCGGCAGAAAACCCAGGUGUGUUUUGCGAGGCUGACGGAGCUGCAUGUGCUCUACGGCACCGGGAGUAUCAGACACAUGCGCAACACGCUUUUGAGCGACGGCAACAGCGGCGUGUUUAUCCUCAAGAAAUACGCGGGGCUGAUUAAUCGCGCGUUUCCCGCUGUCGUCAGGCUCGAGUUUGGGUGCGAGGACGUCGAGCGGCUAGAUCGGUUUGUGGACGAGUUUGAUCACCCCGUGCGCGGGUUGCCGUUCACCACGCUUGAUUUUGUCGCGAACUUGGCGGGACGGGCAAAGAUUGAGUAUGUGGCGAUUCGGGGGAUCAGGUUCUUGGGACGCAGGCCGCUGCCUACGUUGCCGCUUAGUUCGAGCAUCAGGCGGUUUGAGAUGGAGUAUUGCUGGAUCAUCAAGCCGCUGAGGAUCGUGGUUAAUAAGUUUGUCGGGAUGGAUGACGACGAGGAGGGGUUGAUGGCCGUCCAGCUUAUGCUCGCGGAGGCGGAGAAGGGAGAGCAGCGCGGGCGGGGAUUCAGCAUAGUACCACAGAAAAGCAACCCAAAGCUAGUGCGGAAGAUCGUGCUAAGUAGAGCACGCGAGGACGGUGACGAGGAGGACGGUGAUAGCAUGAAGGCAGACUAUAAUCUGUCGUAUACGAUAGCCGACGAAGAAGGCGAGUCCAAGGUCGGGUUUUUUUCCUGAGCGGCGGGCGGUGUGGUAUCGGAGUCGCACUCUUGGCGGGUGCUGAGUGAACGCGAGCUCUUUGUCUUCCAAGUUUAUUUAUAUAUAAGAUUGUAGUUGUAUUUCCUGCAUUUAUCCUGCAUCAAUCAUCCUCCUUGUUUGUACAGAUACUAGUUACAGAUACCAUCAUCAUAAUGAAGACACUGAAAGGC